AAACAUUUUACGCACCAAAGUCACCAUGGGCUUUAAAUCUCACUAGAGUAUGACACUUCCACUUAUUUAGAUUUAAUAUUUCUCCGAGUCACAAUUAAUAUAAAAUGUGGACAGUUCCGAAGCCAAACUACAGGGGUGGCUUGUGCGCAGACGGGGAGAUCGCGGUGAACAUCGGCGGAGUCCGAGUGGUGCUUUUCGGGGACGUUCUGAACAGAUACCCGGACAGCAGGCUGGCGGAGUUGGUGAACUGCUCCACCCAGAACGCCGAAGUGAUCUCCGCGCUGUGCGAUGACUUCGACCCGGGCAGAAAGGAGUUUUACUUCGACAGGGACCCCGACGCGUUCAGGUGCAUCAUCGACGUCUACUACUUUGACGAAAUCCACAUCAAGCGCGGGAUUUGCCCCAUCUGCUUCAUCAAGGAGAUGGAGUUCUGGAAAAUCGACCAGAGCGUUUUGGACGAAUGCUGCAAAAGUUACCUAAGUGAGAAAGAGGACGAGCUGAAGGAGAUCGCCAACAAAGUGAAGCUGAUCUUGGAGGAUCUGGACGUGGAGCGGUGCAGCACGCGCGCCCAGCGGUGCCAGAGGUUUCUGUGGAGGCUGAUGGAGAAGCCGGGCUCCUCUCUGCCGGCGCGCGUCAUCGCCAUCGCGUCCUUCCUCUCCAUCCUGGUCUCGGCCGUGGUGAUGUGCGUGGGGACCAUCCCCGAGCUGCAGGUGGCAGACGCCGAGGGCAAACUGGUGGAGCACCCCACGCUGGAGGCGAUCGAGACCGCCUGCAUGAUGUGGUUCACCGCGGAGUUCCUGCUGCGCCUCGCCUCCUCCCCCAACAAGCUGCACUUCGCGCUCUCCAUCAUGAACAUCAUAGACUUCAUGGCCAUCAUGCCUUUCUACGUGGUCCUGUCCCUCACCUACCUCGGCACCAAGUCCAUGAUGGAGCUGGCGAACGUGCAGCAGGCUGUGCAGGCGCUGCGCAUCAUGCGCAUCGCGCGCGUCUUCAAGCUGGCGCGCCACUCGUCGGGGCUGCAGACCCUCACCUACGCGCUGAAGCGGAGCCUGAAGGAGCUGGGGCUGCUCCUCAUGUACAUGGGCGUGGGGAUAUUCGUGUUCUCGGCGCUGGCAUACACGAUGGAGCAAAGCCACCCGGAGACGCUGUUCAGGAGCAUCCCGCAGUCCUUCUGGUGGGCCAUCAUCACCAUGACCACGGUGGGCUACGGCGACAUCUACCCCAAAACCACCCUGGGCAAGUGCAACGCGGCCGUCAGCUUCCUGUGCGGCGUGAUCGCCAUCGCUCUGCCCAUCCACCCCAUCAUCAAUAACUUUGUGGUCUUCUACAACAAGCAGAAAGUGCUGGAGACCGCAGCCAAACACGAGGUGGAGCUGAUGGAGCUCAAGUCCGACAGAGAGGAGCGCAGGGGAAGUACGGACGAGGCUUUCCCAAAACCCUCAAACCCUGCAAAAACUAUUGAGUGA